CCUUAAAUGAUUUUCUAACUUGUCCAUCCCUAAACCAAAAAAUCACUCUCUUUCCCUAAAACACUACUACCUCCACCCAAACCCUCCCCCCUUUAAUGGCGAAACCUUCGAAACAGCGGUUUUCUUCCGACGACGCUUCCAAUUCAUCGGAGGAAGAAGAGCAAGUCAAUGAGCCGAUCGACGAAGAAGACGAUGAAGAACUUGAAGCUGUUGCCAGAACUGUCGAUUCCGACGAAGAUGAUGCGGACGAUGAUGUUCCUGCCGAUGAUGACCGAGAAGAAGAAUUUGAGGAUGGGAACGCUGUCAGUAAUAAUGUUACAAAGCGGGAAAGGGCCAGGUUGAAAGAAAUGCAAAAGCUGAAGAAGCAGAAGAUUCAGGAAAUAUUGGACAAGCAAAAUGCUGUUGUUGAUGCUGAUAUGAAUAACAAGGGGAAAGGGCGUUUGAAGUACCUUCUACAGCAAACGGAAAUAUUUGCCCAUUUUGCUAAGGGUGAACAUUCUGCCUCCCAGAAGGCAAAGGGCAGGGGCCGACAUGCAUCAAAGGUGACCGAAGAAGAGGAAGAUGAGGAAUACCUGAAAGAGGAAGAAGCAGGAGCUUCCAGUACAAGGCUGGUCACACAGCCUUCUUGUAUUCAGGGAAAGAUGAGGGACUACCAGCUUGCUGGAUUGAACUGGCUCAUACGGCUCUAUGAGAAUGGUAUCAAUGGAAUCCUUGCUGAUGAAAUGGGUCUCGGUAAAACUUUGCAAACAAUCUCCCUGUUGGGCUAUCUUCAUGAAUUUAGAGGAAUUCCUGGGCCUCACAUGGUUGUUGCUCCUAAAUCGACCCUCGGCAACUGGAUGAAUGAAAUUAAACGCUUUUGUCCAAUUCUGCGUGCUGUGAAAUUUCUAGGAAAUCCUGAGGAAAGGAGACAUAUACGCGAGGAUUUGUUGGUUGCCGGAAAGUUUGAUGUCUGUGUCACUAGUUUUGAAAUGGCAAUAAAAGAAAAGUCUUCUUUACGCCGCUUUAGCUGGCGAUAUAUUAUCAUUGAUGAAGCACACCGAAUCAAAAAUGAAAAUUCUCUGCUUUCGAAGACUAUGAGGCUCUAUAGCACCAACUACCGUUUGCUCAUCACUGGAACCCCUCUUCAGAACAACCUCCAUGAACUGUGGUCGCUUCUCAACUUCUUAUUGCCGGAAAUUUUUAGCUCGGCAGAAACAUUUGAUGAGUGGUUUCAGAUAUCUGGGGAGAAUGACCAGCAGGAGGUUGUUCAACAACUUCAUAAGGUCCUUCGACCCUUCCUUCUUCGUAGGCUGAAGUCAGAUGUUGAGAAAGGCUUACCUCCAAAGAAGGAAACGAUUCUUAAAGUUGGCAUGUCUCAAAUGCAAAAGCAGUUCUAUAGGGCUUUACUGCAGAAGGAUCUUGAAGUUGUUAAUGCUGGUGGAGAGCGUAAGCGCCUUCUAAACAUUGCGAUGCAGCUGCGAAAAUGUUGUAAUCACCCAUAUCUAUUCCAGGGUGCUGAACCUGGUCCACCCUACACCACGGGAGACCAUUUAGUAACUAAUGCAGGGAAAAUGGUUUUGCUGGAUAAGUUGCUUCCAAAGCUGAAGGAGCGUGGCUCUAGGGUUUUAAUAUUCUCACAGAUGACAAGGCUGCUUGAUAUUUUGGAGGACUAUCUUAUGUUUCGCGGUCACCAAUACUGUCGGAUUGAUGGUAAUACUGGAGGAGAUGAUCGUGACGCUUCAAUUGAAGCUUUCAACAAGCCAGGAAGUGAAAAGUUUGUCUUCUUAUUGUCGACACGAGCUGGAGGUCUUGGCAUCAAUCUUGCAACUGCGGACAUUGUCAUUCUUUAUGACAGUGACUGGAAUCCACAAGUUGAUUUGCAAGCACAGGACAGGGCCCAUAGGAUUGGUCAAAAGAAGGAGGUUCAAGUAUUUCGUUUCUGCACGGAGUAUACUAUCGAGGAAAAAGUGAUUGAAAGAGCUUAUAAGAAACUCGCGCUUGAUGCUUUGGUCAUUCAACAAGGACGACUAGCUGAACAAAAAACUGUUAACAAGGAUGAGCUGCUACAAAUGGUGAGAUUUGGUGCUGAAAUGGUUUUUAGUUCUGGGGAUAGCACAAUUACAGAUGAAGAUAUAGAUCGAAUCAUUGCCAAGGGAGAAGAGGCAACUGCUGAGCUUGAUGCAAAAAUGAAAAAGUUCACUGAAGACGCCAUUAAAUUUAAGAUGGAUGACACGGCUGAUCUGUAUGAUUUUGAUGACGAAAAGGAUGAGAGCAAGGUGGACUUUAAGAAACUCGUCAGUGACAACUGGAUUGAACCACCAAAACGAGAGAGAAAGCGCAAUUAUUCCGAAUCAGAAUAUUUUAAGCAAACUAUGCGUCAAAGUGGUCCUGCUAGGCCAAAGGAGCCUCGCAUACCUCGCAUGCCUCAAUUGCAUGACUUCCAGUUUUUCAACACUCAAAGGCUAAAUGAACUCUAUGAGAAGGAAGUACGCCAUCUCAUGCAAACACAUCAAAAAAAUCAGAUGAAAGAUUCAAUUGAAGUGGAUGAGCCAGAUGAAAUGACAGAUCCCCCGUUGACCUCUGAAGAACAAGAAGAGAAGGAGCGUUUAUUGGAAGAGGGUUUCUCAACGUGGACAAGGAGAGAUUUCAAUACCUUCAUCAGGGCUUGUGAGAAGUAUGGUAGGAAUGAUAUAAAAGGCAUUGCUGCUGAAAUGGAAGGAAAAACGUAUGAGGAAGUUGAAAGAUAUGCCAAAGUUUUCAAAGAAAGAUACAAGGAGUUGAAUGAUUAUGAUAGGAUCAUCAAGAAUAUUGAACGAGGGGAGGCUAGAAUUUCCAGGAAAGAUGAGAUUAUGAAAGCAAUUGGGAAGAAGUUGGAUCGCUACAAGAAUCCGUGGUUGGAGCUGAAGAUCCAGUAUGGUCAGAACAAAGGGAAGCUAUACAAUGAAGAAUGCGAUCGCUUCAUGAUUUGUAUGGUUCACAAACUUGGGUAUGGAAAUUGGGAUGAGUUGAAGGCUGCUUUCCGGACGUCCCCGUUGUUCCGUUUCGAUUGGUUUGUUAAAUCGCGGACCACUCAGGAACUUGCGAGAAGAUGUGACACACUUAUUCGUCUGGUUGAGAGAGAGAAUCAGGAGUAUGAUGAGAGAGAGAGGCAGGCACGUAAGGAAAAGAAGCUUGCCAAGAAUAUGACACCCUCUAAGCGUGGUACAGCUCGUCAGCAAGUGGAAAGCCCCACUUCUUCCUUGAAGAAAAGGAAGCAACUAACAAUGGAUGACUACGCUGCUGCAUCUGGGAAGAGGCGGAAAUAACAGUAUGGUGUGACACCAAUUUUUGCCACCAAUUAUAUUGGCCAUUGUCUUGUCACUGGAGCACUGUAUAUUUGCUCCACUCUCGAUGCUAGUAAACAUCGCUACUCCAGAAUAGCUGCCUAGUUUUAUUUAUUUCUAUUUCGGUGGGGGGGGGGGGAAGGGGUGAAGAUGGGGUUGUACUUUUAGGACUAAUGAUAACAGUGUACAGUGAAAGCGGAGGGCAUAGUUGAGAACCAUCUUCAAUGUAUCACUUGUGAGUUGAUCAGACGACUCUAGCUCAACCACAAUUAAUGGUUCUCAUUACUUUUAAUAUGAAAAGUAUUUUUAGGUUUUAA